CAUAAGGUACACCAACACCACCAAGAGUUAAAAUUUUCCAAAUUAAAAUAUGGAUCAAGAAGCUCUUCUCGUCGGGAGACCUAUCUCGAAACGUAGUAUUCCGACCAUUCCUUUUAUUCUUGCAAGUCAAGCGUUGGAGGUACUUGCAUAUUUUGGAUUGGUACCGAACAUGAUACUCUUCUUGACGGUCGAAUACGGCAUGGGAACGGCGGAAGCUGCUAACAUCAUCUUCCUAUGGUCUGCCGCCACCAAUUUCUUCCCUCUUGUUGGUGCUUUUAUUGCUGAUUCUUACACGGGUCGGUUUCCUCUGAUUGGGUUUGGAUCCUCUAUCAGCCUUCUGGGAAUGAUUUUUUUAUGGUUGACAACAACAAUUCGACCAGAAUGCGAUAAAUCAACACACGUAUGCCAACAACCCACCUCAGUGCUCCAACUUUUUCUCCUUUAUUCCUUUUUUGCCCUCACCGCCAUCGGUGCCGGGGGCGUCAGGUCCUCCUGCUUGGCCUUCGCGGCCGACCAGCUCCAACCCAACCACACAUCACGUACCGCCACGUCGUCAGCCCUAGAAACCCUCUUCAACUGGUACUACUUCUCCGUCAUGCUCGCAUGCUUUCUUUCUCAGUCGUUGUUGGUCUUCGUUCAGACAACGUAUGGUUGGCAGAUUGGUUUUGGAGUCUCUGUCGCUGCCAUGGUUCUAUCCGUCGCUUUAUUCUUCGCGGCUUCUCCGUACUAUGUAAGGUUUAAGUGUGAGUCCGGCCUUGUCGCUGCAAGUCAAGCGUUGGAGGUACUUGCAUAUUUUGGAUUGGUACCGAACAUGAUACUCUUCUUGACGGUCGAAUACGGCAUGGGAACGGCGGAAGCUGCUAACAUCAUCUUCCUAUGGUCUGCCGCCACCAAUUUCUUCCCUCUUGUUGGUGCUUUUAUUGCUGAUUCUUACACGGGUCGGUUUCCUCUGAUUGGGUUUGGAUCCUCUAUCAGCCUUCUGGGAAUGAUUUUUUUAUGGUUGACAACAACAAUUCGACCAGAAUGCGAUAAAUCAACACACGUAUGCCAACAACCCACCUCAGUGCUCCAACUUUUUCUCCUUUAUUCCUUUUUUGCCCUCACCGCCAUCGGUGCCGGGGGCGUCAGGUCCUCCUGCUUGGCCUUCGCGGCCGACCAGCUCCAACCCAACCACACAUCACGUACCGCCACGUCGUCAGCCCUAGAAACCCUCUUCAACUGGUACUACUUCUCCGUCAUGCUCGCAUGCUUUCUUUCUCAGUCGUUGUUGGUCUUCGUUCAGACAACGUAUGGUUGGCAGAUUGGUUUUGGAGUCUCUGUCGCUGCCAUGGUUCUAUCCGUCGCUUUAUUCUUCGCGGCUUCUCCGUACUAUGUAAGGUUUAAGUGUGAGUCCGGCCUUGUCGCUGGCCUUUUCCAGGUUCUCGUUGCUGCUUACAGAAACCGACACGUUGAUUUGUCAUCCGAGGAGCAUAUUAUAUCGUACCAUCACGAAAGGGGCUCUUCUUUUUUAAUUCCUAGCCAGAAAUUGAGGUAUUUGAAUAAAGCUUGCGUCAUAAGUAACCCCAAGCAAGACCUAACCCUAACAGGGAACUCAAGCAAUCCAUGGCAGCUAUGUAGGGUUCAACAAGUAGAAGAUCUUAAAUCUCUCAUCAAUGUCCUACCCAUCUGGUCAACGGGAAUCAUCUUGUCACUUGUCACGGGUUGCCAAGUCUCCUUCAUAGUCCUUCAAGCUAAGGCCAUGGAUCGCCGCACCUUCAUUCAGGGUUUCCAGAUUCCUUCAGGCUCUUACGGCAUAUUCUUGGUCAUCUCCUUCGUGCUCUUCCUUGUUCUUUACGAUCUUGUUAUCGUCCCCUUAAUAUCUUGGAUUCAAAGCGAGCCAUUCCGAUUGGGAGUUAUGGUGAGAAUGGGAGCUGGUUAUGCAGUAUCGGUUCUGUGCAUCUCCACUCUUGCCGCUGUGGAACACGCCAGAAAACAAACCUCUAGAGACGAGAGAGGUACGAUGUUGUCGGCGAUGUGGCUAUUACCGUACAUGAUACUAGGAGGCAUUUCAGAAGCACUUAAUGCAAUAGCACAGAACGAGUUCUUCUACUCUGAGCUUCCCAAAUCCAUGUCAAGCGUCGCCACCACACUCUCCGGCCUCGGCAUGUCCGCCGCAAGCCUCUUGUCAUCCUGGAUCAUCACCAUCGUAGACAUCGCAACCUACGGGAGCUGGAUCACAGAGAACAUAGACGAGGGACACUUGGACUAUUACUACUGGCUCUUGGUGGGAUUAUCUGUUCUCAAUGUUUUUAAUUUCGUGUGGUGUACCAAAUCUUAUGGUAAAUGUAACAUAUAACGAAAAAGUGUGAAAAAAAAUUGUAAUUAACUUUUUGAAUCUUCAAAUUUU